AUGAAUGAAGCAGUUGAGGGUGCAAAUAAGAAUAUCAAGAAGAUCCUAAGGAAAAUAGUGGACAGUCACAGGCAAUGGCAUGAGAAUCUACCAUAUGCUUUACUUGGUUAUCGCACCACGAUCAGAACAUCAACUGGGGCAACUCCAUAUAUGUUGGUUUAUGGUUCGGAAGCAGUAAUACCUGCUGAGAGGAUGGACGCAGUUUGUCAUGGCCAACUCUGUCAAAACAGAAUGACCAAAGCAUUCAACAAGAAAGUCAAACUUCGACGGUUCACACCUGGGCAAUUAGUAUUGAAGAAGAUCUUUCCUCACCAAGGAGAAGCCAAAGGGAAAUUUGCACCAAAUUGGCAAGGACCCUACAUGAUUCAUAGAGUACUCUCAGGAGGUGCGAUAAUCUUAGCAGAAAUGGACGGCAGAGUGAGCACAAAGCCAAUCAAUUCAGACGCCAUCAAGAAAUACUACAUCUGA